UAUUUGGAUAGAUGUGUAGGAGGCAGGUAUUCGGCCCUAGCUCCUGCACUCCGCUACAGACACCGUCCAUGAUGGUCGAGGCUAUGUUGUUUGCGGGGUUGACGGCGGUUGUCCCAUGCUUCGACGGGGGCUGCGCACGCUGAUAAGAAUCAGUGCUACAUAGUGCUCCUCACUGAGUCCGGACAUGCAUUCUGACAUAACAGGUGUACUCAGGAGUUGGCUUCAUGCUGCAGAUCUUCUUUAGAAGGCGAUACCAAUAAACUCUCGCUGACAAUGGGCCGUCGAAAUGCCUCGUGGUGUGCGGAAAUGAGUCUCCGUGCUUCGGCAACGUGUUCGGUGCGAUAUGGCGAAAGGCACGAUAUAAGACAAGGGAGCCACGGCCUCAACGGGGACCUGACAGGUCGCAACAACGACCCAGUAGUAACCUCGCUGCGAGGGAAAUUGGAACGCGCAUGCGAGAGACUUUCGAAGGACCUAUACAAUAGCCAGAGUCAUUUCAUCUUGGAAUUCGUCCAGAAUGCCGACGACAACCAUUACAAGCCCGGAGUGGACCCGACCUUACACCUGCGCCUCAGCGACAGUGAAGUGAUCAUCAAGUGCAACGAGAAGGGGUUCGACAAGGACAACGUAAAGGCGAUAUGUGACAUCGGUGCGAGUACGAAAGCGAGACAGAAGAAAGUUGACGGCUACAUAGGCGAAAAGGGGAUAGGAUUCAAGGCCGUCUUCGCCGUAGCUCAACGAGUCCGUGUUGCGUCAGGCGACUUCACAUUCCGAUUCGAUCGAGAUGGGCCGCUGGGUAUGAUUAAUCCUAUCUGGGAUGCGUCGUACCCUAGCGUUCCUGGCUGGACGACCUUCCGUCUGACCAUGACACAAGCGGUGGCCCGGAGCGAUCUGAAGGAGCAGAUUAAGGGCAUCCAGUCCUCGUUAUUGCUGUUUCUCCGCAAGCUACGUGCGAUCGACAUCGACGUAGCCAUGGGUCAACACUCGACGAUUUCAGUCCGUCGCAUUGACGAACCGAAUGAUGUCAUCAGACUCGAGCGUCACGAAAACAGCACCUGUGUAUCGAAAUGUAGAUACAUCGUGUCGAAGCAAACUGUCAAGGCGUACGCGCACGAAGAGAAGAGGGAAGGUAUCGAGCAGAGCGAGAUCGUUCUGGCAUUCCCUAUCGACGGCGACGGUCGCCCUGCAAUCGGCAAACAGGACGUGCAUGCCUUCCUGCCUGUGGCUACGUAUGGGUUGAAUUUCGUCGUUCAGGCAGACUUCUUGACGUCCUCCAGCAGAGAAGAUAUCAUCGCGGACUCGCAAUGGAAUCGUGUGCUACUACAAGGCGUUACGGACACGUUCCUUGCCGCUAUAGAGCGUUUUCGACAGCACCACAUCCUUCGAGACUGCUGGAUGCGAUACAUCCCCAGGAAUGCUCGAGUGCCUUUCAGCGCGGUCGAGGAUUCCAUCGUCAAGGCCCUUCGCUCGCGGCCUAUCUUGCGCGACAUUUUUGAUCGGUAUCAGCUACCGACGACACUCAUCACCAUCCCUAGCCACUUCCGGCUCCCCCGCGGCGGGGAUCCCCUCAUCGGUACUUCGGACUUACCAUCGUCCCCAUCUUUGUCAGUUAAAUCGGAUUAAAAAUGGUACUUAAAAGUACCUUAGGUCAGAUUAACUAGGUACACUAAUGUACUUCCUAAUCCGUGAUCCACUAUUGAUCCACACUACAUCCAUACUUAAUCCAAUUCUAAGCUACUUAAUCCAAUU